CGGCUCGCGCAGCCGGCAGAGCAGCUUCAGCGCUGACGAGGAAGCGGGAGGAGAAGCUCGCGGAGCGGCGGCGUGCGCAUUGGACUGUCCCGCCGGUGUUCCGCGGGCGCUGCCGGCCCACCGUGCGUCCGGGCUCAGUGUCCGCUUCCCACCCUCCCUCGCCGGGGCUGCGCGGGCUCAGCUUGAGUCCAUCAGAGCUCUGUCAUGAGUGUAAACCCCGGGAUGGAGGCCACUGGAGGGUCCACUCCCAAAGCGCUGCCCUACUUUGUGGCUGUGUCCCAGAUUCUGGGCCUGACUGUGGUGGCUUUAACCGGAGCAUGGCUUGGCCUCUACCGUGGUGGCCUUGCCUGGGAGAGUGCCCUUCAGUUCAACGUGCAUCCCCUCUGCAUGGUCAUAGGCAUGGUCUUCUUGCAGGGAGAUGCUCUACUAGUUUACCGGGUCUUCAGGAAUGAGGCCAAACGUACCACAAAGAUUCUGCAUGGGCUGCUGCACAUCUUUGCUCUUAUCAUCGCUUUGGUUGGACUGGUGGCUGUGUUUGAAUAUCACAAGAAGAUGAACUAUGCUGAUUUGUAUAGUCUGCACAGUUGGUGUGGGCUCCUCGUCUUUAUCCUCUAUUUAGUGCAGUGGCUAGUGGGCUUCAGCUUCUUCCUGUUCCCUGGAGCAUCAUUCUCCCUUCGAAACCAGUAUCGCCCACAGCAUAUCUUCUUUGGCGCCACCAUCUUCCUCCUUUCCGUGGGCACAACCCUGCUGGGUAUCAAGGAGGCGCUGAUAUUUGGGCUCACGAAGAAGUACAGUAUGUUCCACCCUGAGGGCAUCUUGGCCAACAUCCUGGGCCUGCUGCUGAUCUGCUUUGCUGUGGUCGUGCUCUAUAUCCUGACCAGAGAGGCCUGGGUCCGGCCACCCCGGGCUGAGGAGCAAGCGCUCUCCAUGGACUUCAAGACGCUGACAGAAGGGGACAGCCCCAGCUCUCAGUGAUGGCUGUAGCUAGCCAUGACGGGGGGGAUGCAGGGAUGUGGUAGGGAACCUCUUCAGUUCCACGUGGGCGUUGGAAGAGGUCUUUUUAUUGCCUCCUCCAUGUUGUGGUCAUCCUGCCAUCCUUUUGAGAAAUCACAGAACUCCACAGGCUAUGUCUGGGCACUAGCAGGAUAUUAAGGUAAAAAGUGCCUCAGAAUUGAUACUGGGGAUUAGCCAGGGGGAUAGUCUGAAUGAUCCUCAGUGUCUAACCCUGGCUGCUGGAGGCUUAGCCUGUCUCUCCCAGACUUCCUCUUGUCCUUUUGCUUUCCUUCUCCAUACUUUGCCUCUUGGCAAAAUUAGUAGCUUGUCCACCUUGUGUAGCUCUUCCUGCCCUUAAACAGAGCCAGCCCAGGAGCAGGGGACUUCCAGAGAGAGGGUGAAGGAUCCUUAGAGGCUUACCAGUCAGAAAGGUGGUUCAGCAUUCAGGUGCUCAAUUAACAAGGUCUUUUAGAGCUGAAAGGGAAACACCAUUAUUUUACAGAUGAGGGAAGUGAUACCUGAAGUCAUUACUUGCACAACUGUUGUGCUGUUAGCUCUUCUGAAGGUGGCUUUAAAGCAAUGGUUCUAAAACUUUUUGGUUUCAGGGCCCCAGUACUCUCUUAAAAAUGGUUGAAGACCCCCGUAAAGAGCUUUUGUUUAUGUGGGUCAUAACUAUGAUAUUUACUGUGUUAGAAAUUAAAAUGCCUUGCUAUUCUGAAAAUA